CAAAUAACCAUGUAAAUACAGACGAAAUUAUUGCAAGAAAACAUGAAAAGAGGGAGAUGUUUUGUCAAUUCAAUUGAGUUAAAUGUUCCCUUUUCUGUUCUUAAAGAGAUAACGUCAAAGAAUGAACACCAAGAUGAUACAAGCCUGUACUGGAAAGGUCAUUGUUUUGAGAGUGAUAGCUCAUGCGAAUUUAGUACCCAGAUUUGUGAAAACAAAUUAAGAGUUCACAUAAGGAACACAAAUAUAGCAUUGAAAGGAUGUAAGUUGUCAUGCACCAUUUCAGACAUUGAAUCAACCCAAUACCUGGAUUGGGAUAGCACUGAAAAAACAAAAGUGGAAAAAACAGAACAACCUGAACAAAAUGUUAAUGGUGAAAUUAUUAAUCAGCUAGAUCCUGCUAAAAGAAAAAGAGGUCGGCCAAAAGGAACCACAAAAAAUUUACCAUUGGGUAAAUCACUUGAAAAUGACAAAACAACUUUGAACGCUGAAGUCUCACAUAAAUCCGGGAUAGACAAUGAGCCGAAAAGGUAUGGAUUGAGAGGAGUUAAAUUAUCACAGGCUGUAAUGAGGGCAGAAAUGGGAUCAGCAUAUAAAGAAAAAGAAUCUUUAAACACUAACAAAUGUAGUGACACCCAAGAUGAAUCUAAAAAUCUGGUACAAUCAGGUCAGGCAGUGGAAAAUGUUGAUGUAAGCUCAAAUAAUGAAGAAAUUCACACAGAAAAAACUGAUGUUGUUGAAGAUGAAAAUGUUGUUGAUGAUGAUAAGGAUGCUGAUUACAUAGUGAAUGAUUUUGUUGGAUAUAUAUCUGAAGAUGAGGAGUUUGAACCUGUAAAUAUAAAAAGGAAAUUUGGUUCUCUAGUUAACAAGAAUAGGCAGAGAAAAAGAAAUAAAAUUGAUAUUGGUGAUGUAAAUAUUCCAAAAUAUAAACCAAAAACUCGGUUUUUAAAAAACAAAGGAUGCAAAUAUUGUAACAAACUUUUCUAUCAUUAUAUUGGGGUUGAAGAACAUGUUAGAAAAUACCAUAUGAAAGAACUUGAUGUUCAAAGCUACAUGGAUGAAUUAAAACAAUUACGAAUAGAGAAGUGUGAAAUAUGCAAUAAAACCUUUAAUAAUAGAUAUCACUUAAUUGAACAUGAAAAGAGAACACAUUUAGAAAAUGCUUCAGUCAAAUGUUUUAAGUGUGAAAAAAUCUACAAAAAUGUGCAAAGUUUGAAAAAUCAUAUUAAAGCUGUACACAGUGUAAUAGGUCAGCCAUUUGCUUGCCAUCUUUGUGCAGCUAAAUUUAAGUGGUCAACAACACUAAAACAACACAUAGAGGAAAUCCACGAAGGGAAAAUGAAGGCAGUUUGUAAACAUUGCGGAAAGAAAUUCCCACGUCAAAAUCUGUUAAAUCGUCACAUGCGUAUACAUGGAGUUGACCAAUCAAAAAGAUUAUGUUGCAAGCAUUGUGGAAGAGGUUUCUGGUAUGAACACAACUUACAAAGACAUGUUAAAAUUAUACAUGGUCCACAUGAAGAAAACUUUCACUGUUCAUACUGCGGUAAAGGUUUUAAUAUGAAGUCUGCCAUGGUGACACAUGUACAACAAGUCCACUUUAAUAUCUUUCCUUAUCGUUGUAUUGAUUGUAAUGUUGGCUUUAAACGGUCAAAAUUGUAUCGCCUGCAUAUGAUGAAAGAACAUGCGGUAGUAGACUGUGAUGCUUUAAAGACAAACAUAAGACAUUUCAAAUAUGGAAAAACAGAAGAGGACUUGUUUUAUUGUUCACACUGUAGUUUGAGUUUCUGUUAUAAGACUAAAAUGGUUGAACAUAUGCAUUCUGCUCAUGGAGAAGACUUUCCAUACAUGUGUACACACUGUAACCAAGGGUUUUUAGAGAAAUCUUUUCUUAGCAACCAUCUGCUGAUGGCACAUAAUGAAAUAUUGCCUGCCAAUGAAACUCAGGAGGAGGAGAAAAACAGGUUUCAGAUGGUAACCAUUGAUAUCAAUGGACAAAAGAAAGACUUGGAAGUAGAAUCAUUUAAUUUACCUCAACCUGUUGUUAUUGAGAAGACGGAAGAAGUUGGCAAUAUUGUUAAUGUUGAAAUAAAAGAAAACCAAAUUCUGUCUGAAGAAAAUGCAGCACAGUCAUUAUUCUUUGAAGUAUCUAAAGGAGCUGAUACAAUACAUUAUGUCAUUGAACAGUCUGCUAAUGGUGAUCCCACAAUUUUACCUCAGGAAUUAGCAAACUUACUACUGGCUGCUGAACAAUCGCUGCAAGGUGUUAACGAAGACAGUACAGAUCAAACACAGUUAUUGCCACAAGACGUUACAGAUGAUACUCAAAUUAUAACUGUUCCUUCAUUGAAAAUAGAAGAAGAUGAUUGUGUCGAGGAACAUGUAUGAAGAUCUGAAAACUGCUUAAAAUGAUGAAUUUUUCUGAGUUGAACAUUUAUACUUUACCAUUCCACUUCUAUGUUAUUCUCCUGCUAUUUGCCAGUUGGUUAUACAAACUGUUAAUUAUUUACUUGACAUUUUUUGCAUUAAAGCAUGAUCAAACAGUUCAUAUGAAAUUGUAAAAAUUUUGUUGUUUCAUGACAUCCUUGAUUUUGGAAAUUAUAUAACUAACAUUUUCAGAAAAGCAGUAUCUAAGUUUGCUAUAUAUAAAGCAACAAAUUUCUAUCAAAAGAAUUGAAUGUGCAAAUAUUCAUUAUUUAUCAUUAUCAUUGAUUAAAGACUACUCUAGCUACAGUAUAAUAUAUGUUGAACAUUGAUUUUAAGUGACACAAAGAGAAAAAGUUUUUGUUCCCUAUUGUAAAUUUUCUUUUUCCAAGGUGAUAUAACAUUGGCCCCUUCUUAUGUUGUGUAUUUUCCCAACUUGUUCACUAAAUUCCCUUGUCUGUAGUGAGGUUUUAGAAUUUAAUAAACAUAAUCCAUGUACAUGUAUAACUUACACGACUGAUAAAUUGUUAAGGCAUGGUUUUGUUACUACAAAUUACUUUAAAACUUCAUAGAUACAAAAAGUGGAUUUUAAAAGUUUGGCCUUACCUGUAGAAAUCUUAUUAAAAACAGCUAUUCUCAUCUUAAAUUUUAUUAUGAUAUUAUUUAUAGAGCUUGUAAAUUAAGAUAGGGUCCAUAUAGACUUAUUAGCCCUUUAUAGCUUGCUGUUUGGUGUGAGCCAAGGCUCUGUGUUGAAGGCCAUACUUUGACCUAUAAUUGUUAACUUUUUUUACAUUGUGACUUGGAUGGAGAGUUGUCUCAUUGGCACUCAUACCACAUCUUCUUAUUUAUAUUUAUUGGUCCUUUGAAUAAACUUAUUCUUACAGGUCAUCAAUUCAAAAUUGUAGUUAGAUAUUGUCUUUUUUGGUACUUACAUUGAUUUAUGUAGAGCCUACAACAUUUUGUUGUGGAAGCAAGACAUAGUGAUCUUCAUUCUGUCAUUAGCAGAGUCAACAUGUAGAUUCAGUUUGUUUUUUAAAGGUUUUUAAACAUCAAUUACUUUGUAAAACUUUCAUGGAAUGUUAUAAAACAUGGACAGAAGCUUUUUUAUGACCAAAAGAAAGUGUCCAGAACAAAAUGUGGAAAUUAUCUUUUUCAUUAAAUGUUACUGAUAGAAG